AUGUCCUGUCUCGCUAUCACUUUCAGCGGUCCAAAGACCAGAAAUGGUCGACGCCUUUUCGAGAACUUCGUGCAAGCCAACAAGUACAGCUUUUGGAAUCGAGAGCUCGUACUAGCUGUCGAAUCACUCAUCUUUAUGGGAUUCAUGCGACCGUGUACAAUAUUCAUUUCGGGAUCAGUUACACACCUUCAAUCACUACGAACAGCGUGGGCUCGUCGCGUGCUAAAGCCAGCCGAAGGCUAUUUAAUCAGCUCACUAGGUGAGAUGGGAGCAAUCCAGACGGUCGAGCAGAUGCACUUCGUGCCGCUGGCGGACGUGCUCUGCGACGCCAUCGUGAGUCUGACGCGGCUCGGACGUGGAACGACGCUUUCCGCUGUCCGCCAGUACGUCAUCCGCAACUGCCCGUACGUCGCGCCGCCAUCUCUGGAGAUGCUCAAGCAAACCGUCGCCAAUCUUACCGCCACCGGAAUCGUUUAUAAGAUGGGUGACCACCUAUUUGUCUCCGUGCCGGCACAAAUCACGGAAAAUACCAAAGUGGCAGUGGAGUGCCAAACAGGCGAAUCGAUCAUAGCGCCACCGGAGCCGGCGAAGAAGGACCGACUGGGCUUCCUCGCACGAAUUUUCACCAAGAAACAACAAUCAGCACCUCCGUGGACGCCAAUGACGUGCAGGUGCUCCUUGCCCAAUUCCCUUCAUUUGUCCAGGCAUUCGAAUCAGAGAGUUCGACGAGUAACCGAGCACGAAUCGUGCCGCCAUCCGAAGUACGAAAGAGUUCAAAUCAGUUCGUCAUCGGAGUGUCUCAACUACGGUCCCAUCGAUCCACCAGAAUAUUUUCAAAAUCGUCGAGUACUCCGCAUAAAGUGUAAGGAAAUCCGGACAUCUACACCAGUUGAUGAGUCGGAUUCUGCGUAUUCCCCAUCUCCUGUCACUGACUCGAAUGAAGAACCGGGAAGUUGGAGUGAACCCGAAGGCACCAAGACUAACCACACCUACAUGAAUCUUGUGGAAGGCGAUUCGACUCAGUUCGAAGAGAUGCCCACGGUGAUUUGCCCAACAAGACAUGCUCAUAUUGCAAACCUCUGA